GAUUUAAUUAUUUUAUGAUACAGAAUGUAAGGAAUAAAACAAUGAAAAACCUAUUCAAUGUAAUAAUUUUAUGGUAAUGAAUGAAGUAUUAAAUUUGAUUCAAUUUAAAAGUUAGCUAUAAAGGAAAGCUAAAGUGAUGAGAGUGUUUUAGAGUUGAUUGUAAAAAAAAAAGGGAAAUUCUUUGAUACACAUAAGAAGUUAAUUUUGAAGAUGAAUGACGAAAUGGAGAAGAAAUCGUUAAAAUUAUUACUAAAUUAUUUAAAAUGA